AUGGGCCAUGGCAAGCGGCCAAGGGACCUGGAUGAGGCAAUGCCUCCCCCGAGGCCCAAACAGUCUAAGAUUGAUUCUUUCUUUCUUAACUGUAGCAGAAAUAACAAGGAAGAUAGCUACACGGUUGAAACUCACAAUCGUUUUAAUCCUUUAAUUGACCUCGUACCCGAUAUAGAAGUGGAGGGGGUGAACUCGAAGGCAACGAAAAAUGCUAAUGAUAAUGACAAAGAAGUGAGAGUCACCUCGAAGGGGGAGUCCGAGUUGGCCCUGGGCGAUGGUUUGGGAUUCGAGCAUUUCCAAUUAAUAACCAGGACCCUGCGCUGCAUCUUUAAGAGCAUAAAUGGGAUCUCCAUGCAGGUGAAUAAUCUCCACCAAAAGCUUGAGGCCCAUUUGCUGGAGCUGCAGCACAACCUCACUCUGCCUCCGAGGGAUUUAAAGAGACAGUGGUGUACCUCCCCUGUUAGACAUGAAAGUGGUACUGGUGUUCAUCUCCUAAAAUCUCAACUGGACUUUCAAUCUCUGAUCUUACAACCAAACAAAAUAUGUCUAACUAUACGCAGCAGUGACCCCAGGUCCCCAAGGUGGAUUAACCCGAGAGAGGUCAAAGAUCAUCUAAGGCAACUCCUUCAGAUUAGGCCUCCGCUAAUAGAUCUCAGUACAGUGAAACUUUUAUACUACCACCAUCGGUUCCAAAAGUACUGCUCUCCUUCCAGUCACCAAAAUCCCCUCCAUACUGGUUAGGCGCAAAGCGUUAUUGGCCACCUGGGGCAUCUUCCCAACGAGAGUCUUUAAUGACACCAGGACUAAACCUCUUUUCCGUAGCAUCGUACAAAAAGGUAUCCGCUCGCCAGACAGGCGCGACAUAGUCUUGAAACUCAAGCUGUCCACCCAGGAACCUCACCCUCCCUCUCAGCCCAAGCUUCCUGGUUUAUCUACUCCAGCAACAGAGAAGCAUGACCAAAGCGGACCCAGUCAUCUGGCUUCCUCAGAGGAGAGGGACCUUAUUUCAUCCUAUGGCGAGUUGCCAUUAGUAGAACAGCAGGAAGUUAUAAACAGGCUUGAUACACUCAAGCAGCAACUUACACAUGUACUUCAAGAGAAAAUCUCCUCAAAACCUGGUCAUAGCAACCUAUUAAAUCAAAGGAACGCAGUCAUGAAGGGGCUAACACCCCAGAAACCCCUGCCAAUCACUGGGACUCCAAUAACGGAUGAUAUGGCAGUCUGCCUGGCGGAAGCUCCUCAUACACCGGCGCAACGCAGACCCUCUUCACCUCUACUAAUAGAUUUGCAAUCAACUACCUCGUCCCUCGCCUUAAAGAGCAAUAUGCCAAACACCAUUCAUCCAGGUAAUCUGUCAAUGUCCUAUUCUUCCAUGCCUGACCUGGAGUCCUCAUUCAGUGCGGUCCAGGCAGAUGACUGUAUAUCCUCGUCCUUUGUCAGUCAACCUCGUUUGGUAGAACCUCUUGUAUCCGUAACCUCUUCAAGCCAAUAUAUAAACGUUAAGGAAGCCACUGUGCAAAGAGACAGCUCAGGCUUUAUUGAAGACCCUGCUGGCCACAUCAAUCAAAUUACCACCCCUUCGAUACCUUCGGCUGUAUCACGCCUGGCGCGGUCUCAGACCCUUGGCAAUGCUUCUUCCACCAGCAACCAGAGUAUCUGACUAGCACAUAGUCCCUCCCCAAACUGCUUCAAUGUGCUAUCCUGGAACGUGGCGGGAUGGACGUCCAAACAGGAUGGCGGGGAUAUGAUAGAGUUUUUAGCGAAAUUCCAGAUUAUGGGUAUACAAGAGACCUGGUGCUUAGAAUCGUCACCCCCCCCUUCCCUACUGGGCUAUGAUGCUUUGUGAUUCCUGCGACCAAAACACAUUUGUAUGGGCGCCCUAGUGGAGGCCUGGUAACAUUUGUUUCGCAGGAGCUUCAUCUUAAUAUCUCUCCUCUCCUUUGGUUAGAGAGUAAUUGUAUUCAAACUUUGCACAUCACUAACAGCCCGGUUGGGGACUUCAUAUGUGUUAACUUGUACAAUCCAUCUACCUACUCCUCUUCCCAUACAAAUCGGUUUUGGGAGGAUCUAAGAUUUAUCCUUGAUAAAUCUGUGGCUGAAUUCCCAAAGUCAGAGAUCCUCAUAAUGGGGGACUUUAAUGCCAGAAUCGGAGCAGAUAUAAGCUCAUUCACCGAUAAGUCGCAACUAUUCAUAGAAGAGGAGUGGUUUCCUACGUGGAAUUCACAUGACAAGACCAUUAAUAGGGCUGGCAUCAUACUGCUGGAGUUUACCAUUAACUGCGGGCUGCACAGCUUGCAUGGUACACCCAAAGACUGGUCCGGGGAUGCUAUACUUUUCUAGGAUCUAGAGGGGCAAGCGUUAUAGAUUAUAUCUGGUCCUCCUCGGCACUUAAUGAUAAGGCAUAUUGUUUCAAUGUGUUCAACAGAACCGAAAGUGACCACCUUCCUAUUGCCAUCUCCUUCCACCACACACAGCUGGGGCUUCCCAGCUCACUCCUCCUCCAGGAUUCACUGACCUUAGCCCCGGUCGUAAGAAGUGGGAUAUCUAUCUGGAGCAAGACAUAAAAGUCCUCCUAAAUUCCCCUGAGAUCCUAGCCCUGAAAGCUCAGCUGGUAACAAUGAAUGUGAAUCAUUUCUCAAGUUUCCAACAAAUUCUAGCCUACUUGCUCCCAACACUUACGAAACCCUCCCGUGCGAGUCUAACCUGGAAGAAUCAAACUUGGUUCGACCAAGAAUGCAAACAGUGCAGAAGUAGGCUUAGAUUUCUUCAGUCUGAUAUGAAAUCAGACAGCACCCAGAGCAAAAUCAGGGAGUUAGCCCAAUUCCGUUCUUACUACAAGAAGUUGCUCCAACAUAAGAAAUUGAUCUUUGCGAAAGAACGCUGGACGGCAUUGUCAGUGGCCAUUAAAACCCGUGACGACAAGAAAUUCUGGAAUUUAAUUAAUGCAGGUUUAAGACCCCCCUCAUUCAUCGUUAAUAACAUCACAGCAGCCAGUUGGCACUCUCACUUUGCUCAGCUGUAUUCCGCCCCAGAUUCCGACGUAA